AUGACUUAUAUGAAGAAGGACGAAGAUGCGGAUCAAGCUAUGAUCAAGCUUGAUCGCACCACUGUUUUCCAAGAAGCAAGAUUGUUCAAUUCAUCACCGAUCUCUCCGCGAAGAUGUCGCACCCUACUCACAAAGCUCGCCGUCCUCCUAUUCACCGGCGAGAAAUUCCCAUCCGACGAGGCCACAACUCUCUUCUUCGGCAUUUCCAAGCUGUUUCAGAAUAAAGAUCCCUCUUUACGUCAGAUGGUAUAUCUAAUUCUUAAGGAACUCGCAACUACAGCCCAAGAUGUUAUCAUGUCAACGAGUAUUAUCAUGAAAGAUACUGCGGUUGGAAGCGACGUUGUUUACCGAGCCAACGCCAUCCGUGGAUUGUGCCGUAUCAUUGAUGCUACUACCGUCCAAGGUAUCGAACGAUUGAUCAAGACCGCCAUUGUUGACAAAACACCUUCCGUUUCUUCAGCUGCUUUAGUGUCCUCAUACCACUUGCUUCCGAUUGCGCGUGAUGUUGUUCGACGAUGGCAGAGCGAGACACAAGAAGCUGCUUCCGCAUCAAAGACGUCGACUGGAUUUCUCGGUUUCUCGUCUAGCCAGAGUCAUGCUAUCUCGCAGACCAACUACAUGACACAAUAUCAUGCCAUUGGUCUUCUGUAUCAGAUGCGGUCUCAUGACAGGAUGGCAUUGGUGAAGAUGGUUCAACAGUAUUCAGCGGCCGGUGCGGUCAAGAGUCCAGCUGCUGUGAUCUUACUUGUGCGUCUUGCGGCGAAACUUGCAGAGGAAGACCCGGGUCUGAGGAAACCAAUGAUGCAAUUGCUUGAUGGCUGGCUCCGACACAAGCACGACAUGGUUAACUUUGAGGCCGCUAAGGCUAUCUGUGACAUGAAGGACGUGACCGAUGCAGAGGCCACGCAAGCUGUCCAUGUUUUGCAAUUGUUCCUUUCGUCUCCGCGCGCCAUUACCAAAUUCGCCGCAAUCAGAAUCUUGCACAGCUUCGCUUCAUUCAAGCCACAUGUUGUCAACCAAUGCAAUCCGGAUAUCGAAUCGCUCAUCUCUAACAGUAACCGUUCGAUCGCCACAUUCGCCAUUACUACGUUACUCAAGACUGGAAACGAAGCCAGCGUUGAUCGUCUCAUGAAGCAGAUCUCUGGAUUCAUGGCAGAUAUCACAGACGAGUUCAAGAUCACCAUUGUGGAAGCAAUCAGAACGUUAUGCUUGAAGUUCCCUAGCAAGCAGGCUAGCAUGCUCACUUUCCUUAGCGGAAUCCUGCGCGACGAAGGUGGUUAUGAAUUCAAGCGUAGUGUUGUUGAAAGCAUGUUUGAUCUUAUCAAGUUUGUUCCAGGCAGCAAAGAAGAUGCUCUUGCACAUCUCUGCGAGUUCAUUGAGGACUGCGAAUUCACCAAGCUAUCUGUCCGAAUUCUUCAUCUACUUGGCGUGGAAGGUCCCAAGACUCCUCAACCCACAAAAUACAUUCGGUAUAUCUAUAACCGUGUCGUCCUCGAAAACGCUGUUGUUCGUGCCGCCGCUGUUACCGCACUCGCCAAGUUUGGUGUUGGCCAGCAAGAUCCGGAGGUGAAGCGUAGUGUUUCCGUACUGCUCACUAGAUGCCUUGAUGACACAGAUGAUGAAGUGCGAGAUCGCGCGGCACUUAAUCUUCGUUUAAUGCAAGAGGAGGAUGAAGUUGCCAAUCGUUUUGUCAAGAAUGAUUCUAUGUACUCGCUUUCCACAUUCGAACACCAACUGGUUAUGUAUGUCACUGCUACGGAUAAGGAAGCCUUCUCAGUGGCCUUUGACGUUUCAUCUAUUCCUGUGGUCUCUCAUGAGCAAGCACUUGCCGAAGAAAGAACCAAGAAGCUUACAUCAGCAACGCCCACUCUCAAAGCACCCUCAACGGCUCCGACAAAGGCCAAGGCCAAUGGUGCUGUGGAGGGCGCAGCUGCUGUCGCUGCUACCCAGAAAUAUGCCGAACAGCUCAUGCAAAUCCCAGAGCUCAAGGAGUACGGCACACUCCUCAAAUCUUCCAAUGUGGUCGAGCUCACCGAGAGCGAGACCGAAUACGUUGUCUCUGCAGUCAAACAUAUUUUCAAGGAGCAUAUUGUCUUGCAAUAUGACCUUAAGAACACAUUACCAGACACUGUUCUAGAAGAUGUGACGGUAGUAGCGACACCGACUGAUGACGAGGAUGACUUGGAGGAAGAUUUCAUUGUACCAUGCCCGAAACUGCCUACAAACGAACCUGGUAUUGUCUACGUAGCAUUCAAGAAGACCGGUGGAGAGCACAGUUUCCCUACGAUGUCGUUUACGAACAAUCUCAAAUUCACCAGCAAGGAGGUCGACCCAACCACUGGCGAGCCUGAGGACACCGGUUAUGAAGAUGAAUACCAAGUCGAAGAUCUCGACCUUACAGGCAGUGACUAUGUCAUUCCUGCUUUUGCCGGAAGUUUUGACCAUGUCUGGGAACAGACUGGUGCCAACGGCGAGGAAGCUAGCGAGACAUUCCAACUCAGCAAUGUUAAGAGUAUUGCCGAUGCAACCGAACAACUUAUCGCAGCCCUAUCCCUUCAACCCCUCGAAGGCACAGACGUCGCCCUCAGUAACACCACACAUACACUCAAACUAUACGGCAAAACAGUCUCGGGCGGCCGCGUGGCCGGACUCGUCAAAAUGGCUUUCUCGGCUCGAACAGGUGUUACGACAAAGGUUACUAUCCGAUCAGAGGAGGAAGGAUUCGCAGCUGCUAUUGUCACAUCGGUUAGUUAGAUGAGAAGAAUGUUCCCUUUUUCCGUAUCCAUUUUUUUCUUGUUAUAGGAAAAGCAUAUAUUCUUUCUCUCCUUUUUAGCCAUUUGUUCGUUUUGUCCUUAUAUCGUCUCUUUACUUUUUAUUAAAAAGGGAAUUGAGAGGUUGAGGUUUGUUCUAUGUUAGGAUUGGGUGAUGAUUAUGAAUUUGUUUUUCUGGUUGGGGUAGUAGAUAAUUGUUCUGUUCUCCCCCUCCCUUUUGCAUUAGGGUUGUAGAUAAUAAUAUUACUUACCUUUAUCCUUCU